AGACAAGACAUUACAUGUACCACUGCAAAUGACCACAUCGAUUCUCCUGUUCCGCCAGCAUUGGAAACGCCGACUUUGCAACGCUUUUCCCCAACAGCAAUCUCCGACACAAACAAUCUGAGCUCCACAGAGAAAGACAGGUUAUUUCCCCCAAGUCUUAACUCAUCAUUUUAUUUAUCUCCACCUUCUUUAUCUCCAAUUACAGAUAGGAUAAACGAUUCAAAUUUAGACAAACAGCCACCAGUAUUAUCACCUGUCCGAUUAAGGUCUAACGUGCGACCCCCUAAAAAGUUUACACCAAGUGAUUAUGUCAGGGCUCGUAAGCAAAUUUUUCCGGAAACAGAAAAUGUAAACCAAAAGCAAUUCACUGAUUUCCCUUACUUCAUUCAGCGUCAUAUUUUAUCCUUUGUAAUAUACAAAAAAUUUAACAUGUUUUUGACUUUAAUAAGGGUUUCAACACACUUCAAGCAAAUGCUAGGCACCCUUCAUAAAUUGUGUCCUAAAGUAUACUUAAAUGAAAAUGUCAUGAUUUUAUUGGAAGGUAGGUCAGUAUUCGCAGAGGGCGUAAGGCACAACUGGUCUGUUCGUCAGUUGGGCCGUGUGUCGGGUUCGGGUAGUGGAGUAAUGAUGGAAUUACGGAAUAUAUUGCGACCGAUUUCUUCCCGGUGGAUUAAUGGUUACAUCGAGAUACUGGCAACAGCAAUCGCCGGAUGGUAUUAUAUUGUCGAUUUUAAAUUUAAAAAGUAACGGAUAAAACGUGAAAAAUAUCCUUGUAUAUACGCGUUCAAUAUCGUGCUUAUUAAUUUAUUAAUUUUCAAACACUGUCAGUAUAUGGUGGUAUGGCCUUUUUUCUCUGAUCAGGCUUCCAGUUGGAGCCACCAUUCGCGCCAAACACAUCAUUAGGGAAAAUGUGGUACGACCUGUCUCCUUAUGAGCUGGUUUCCAGUUGGAGCCACAUUCGCGCAAAUCUAGG